UUUUUUUCCUAUGAAGCAGGGAAGCAAUACUCGAGUGAAUCGUGCCGGGAGGUGCUUGAUUGCGUGAGUGGGAUGGACUGAAGACGCAGUAAGACCAUCAUGCCGGCGAUCGCGAUGCCCUCGAAGUACUCUUCGACAUACGGUUCGUCGUAUACCCACAAGUUUUGCUCGUCAUCGUCAUCUGUGGGCUCAUUGUCAUCUCGAUCUAAUUCGACGUAUCGGGCUUUGAGCCUAGACCGACCAUCGGUGUCUUCGUCGUCCCCACUGCGUCAUCGACCUGCAAUCUCAACAUGGACCCCCACGUCAUCGUCGACAAUUGAUUCACGAUACCCAAGCGUUUCCACCAGGCUUCCAGCCAGACCGCCUCGACCCGGCGAAACCAAACAUACGUAUGAGCCUAUUUCGACAAGGAAGGAUCGGUACGGGGCGCGAGACUCGCUGACGUCGACGUCAUCGUCGACGUUGACUUCGGCGUACCCCCGAAGCAGGGAUUCCAGGUUGUUCACGUGCACUUCGUACGACGCCAGGAGUUCGUCGCGAGAGUCGAGCAUUGCUCGGGAUUCUGUUUCUAGUCUGGAAUCCUGGCGUAGCAAUCGUCGGGAGCGCAGCACGAGCAGAGGCACGAUUAAGCUUGACGAGGACAAUGCUGGGCACCAAGUAUGCGGAAUGCUGCGGUGUGAAGCCGUGACAGAGCUGCGAGUUUUGAUACUCACUGGGGCUAUCAAUCUUUUGAGUGAUUUGAAGAUUAGCCGAUGUUCGCUUACCACCUCCUGCACUCACCACCGGAUGAACUAUAUUUUCAUAAGUGAUCGGGUGCGCCUUCAACGCUUUUGUCUUUUCUCCAUUCAAUCGAUGAGGACCACAAUUGGAGCAGGGGCCAGUGAACUGGUUCGAAAGGCGAUACAUUCGUCCACUCUAUCUCAAGACUCGGGUUACAACUCCUGGGGCCGGUCCUCGUGUGAGAAAUUAUCUACGACGUCCAAGUACCAUCCAGUGGAAGACGAGAAACCUAGAUUGUCGAUUUCGGAACGAAAAGCCGCCCUGGAGAAUUCGACCAAGCUGCGCCGAGGCAGUGGCGAAGACGUUCGGCCGGUGGACGACACCAACGGAAACCGCCCCGGCGGCCCUUCUGUCAAGGAACGGACUGCCUUGCUGCUCGACUCUAAUCGCAAUUCUAGCGAGAAGGAGAACGAGGAUGACGCGAAAAGCUGCUCGUCGGUUUCUUCGUCGACGUCCGUCAGCUCCGUCACGCCCCGCGGUCGGUCUGCACUGUCCGCCAAAACCAUUCAGCGUCCGUUUCCGCGCACCAAGUCGCCGUUGAUCAAUGGAUUCGAGUCCGAUGCUAACGACUCCCCGACGAAUAUAGAACUGGAAUUGGCGAGACAGUUCACGAAUGAUUGCGCUAUUCUAUCGAAGCAUCCUUAUCUGGAGAAAGGAGGUCAAUCAGGCCUGCGAAACAUUGGAAACACGUGCUUCAUGAACAGCAUCAUACAGUGUUUGACGUACUCUCAGCCGCUGCUUGAGUACGUUAUUGAGGAAAAGUAUCUCAACGAGAUCAGCUCCAAAUCACGAAUGGAAGGAUCUAUCGUGAAAGCCUUCGGCAGCUUGGUGAUGGAGUUGUGGCGCGACAAAGGGAGUUAUGUGAAUCCUGGACAUUUUAAGAAGUGCGUCGCAAAGUUCGCCCCACGUUUUAUGGGGUACGACCAACAAGACGCUCAGGAAUUCUUACGUUACUUACUGGACGGCUUGCAUGAAGACCUCAAUCGUGUCAUCAUCAAGCCCAAGCCGAUGGAUCGAGAAGUCGAUUCCUCUUUGACUGAUGCGCAGAAAGCCGAAGCGGCGUGGCAGCAAUACUUGAAGUUUGACAAUAGUCGGAUAGUGGACAUCUUCGUGGGACAGCUGAAGUCAACCCUCACGUGUACAGUGUGCGACCACAAGAGCGUGACAUUCGACCCGUUCUGGGAUCUUUCAGUGUCACUGCCGCAGGCACUCGGAUUGUCCGAGUGCGUCGACUUGACAGAGUGCUUGGAGCUCUUCACGAAGGAAGAAGUGCUCGACGGCGACGAAAAAGUGGAGUGCUCGCGAUGUAAAAAGCUCGUGAGAGCUACCAAGAAACUCACGAUCCAGCGUUACCCGAAGGUGCUUGUUCUGCACUUGAAGCGAUUUGGAGUUGAUCGUUUCCGUGGAAAACUGCAACAGAAGGUGAUCUACCCGCUAAUCGGGUUAAACCUGGCGCCGUAUUCCUCUGCUGGUGCCAUGAGCACCUGUGGACGUGCGGGGAUCUACAAUCUCUGUGGCGUUGCGAACCACGUCGGGUCGUUGUAUAGGGGACACUACACCGCGUUCUGUCGCCAUCCGUACCUAGGACAAUGGUUCGAAUUCGACGACACCAUGGUAUCAAAGAUGGACAGCCUGGGUGAUAUUGUGUCCAGCUCGGCUUACGUGCUCUUUUACGAGCUCAGUUCAGGCAGCUACAAGCAUUCCUCCCGGUAAGACAGAAGUAUGCCGAAAUGUGGGAAAAUAGCACAGCACUGUGGAAGAUAGCAGCAUCUUGGGCGUUCUUGUCCCAGAAGACGUAAACGCUUCCGUAACUGUUGGUCAACUGAAAGUCAGCUGUUUUUUAAAUGACGAUGAAUUCCGCGGAGUGACCAGUGUUGAGGCAUUUUUCGCGUUUUUUUUUUUUUUUGAAGCUGUAAGUGUUCAACUGAACUUCUUUUUAGGCAGUUCUUUUUUUUCGUAUAUGUGGUCGUGUUAUUUCUCUCGCUGGAGUUCCCCGGUGUUUUUUGAAUAUUUGUUGAAUGUGAGAAAAGGAGGAAACUGAUCACUGUUGGGAAACGCCCUUGGCAAGUAAAACCGAUGAAACUGUGCGGACGAAACUAAACGGGAAUGUGUUUAGGUAUUUGAUUGAUGGUCUUAUGAUCACAUUUAACCAUGUGCUCUGUUUGUUGUCCCAUUGUGGUCCCUCGCGAGCAAAAGGAUCAGUGACGCGUUUUGUUCAAUGUUCUCUUCUCUUUCACACACUUGUCUUUGUAUGUCUGACCUCGAAUGCCUGUGAUUUCUGAAGUCAAGAGAGUUGAAUGCUUAUGAUGAGGAACGGGGUUCUAGUUGAUGAAUUUGAAUACGUCCCAGACGGGUACGUCCCGUGUCCCUGAUUUACGUUAUUUUUUUCGUGAUGCUAGGUAUGGGGAACGUUAACUUUACUCGUGAAUGUCCUGUGACCUAACCUGGAACACCCUUGGAUUUAUACUUUUUCGCUAGAGAAUGAUGCCACGCGUGUUUUCGUUCUACGUACGGAAUGCUGGGAUCCGGUAUAAACCGGGAAGGGUUAGAAAUUUGUCAUGUCCCUAGGGAUUUAUCGAGAUACGUCUCUGAACUGUGGUGCGUUGGAAAUUGGCGCUGCGAGCGUAGGUUUUCUGAUUCCAUCCCUGGCUGGGCAAUGGUUUCAGGACUUCUGUUGCCCAUCCAGCGCUUCCCAUGUAACUUGAACGUGAAGUGGCCAUAACUGAGUGAUGGGAUGUUGGUCGUCCAUUUUCAUUCCGUGGGUGCAUGGAGGAAUGAUGGACGGGGAUGUGAUAACGAAGUAUCAGCUGGUUACCGUGGAAUAUGGUGUAAGGGCAAAUUAUCCUGUUGUCUAAUCCCUGUACAGAAAGAUGGUUUAAUUUGUAAUUCACUCUGAUGGUGUAGGAGUCCGUGAUAGGUUCACGAGAUCAGAAGCAGUAGUUUACUGUUAUAAUAGUUUAUUUUGGUAGAUGUCGCGCGAGCUCCCUGGGAUGCUUUAUCGGUUUUGAGCAGGGUUCCGGUGGAUUUGAGGAUAUACGGAAAACUUUUUCUAUGAUCUUUACUUUUAUCUGAGAUUCGUUUUGUGUGCCGUUAAUGACCUUGAGAAUUUAGAUCUAUCUGGAGAGAUUUCUCCCGUGUUUAUUCGCAGCGCAAAUUGUUCUGGAAAGCUCAUCAGGGACAUGUGAUGACCCUGGAACUGUCAGACUUGGUGUUGUUGAGAUGUUCCGAUAUUUGUUGAAACGUUCAGUGUUGGCAGCAGUACGUGGGAAAGGCUGCGGUCAUGGGCGCCUUUACCGAUUCAAUUGUUGGUGGUUUUUUCCCCGUAAUUCGGCAUUUUAUUUCCGAAGGCAGCGGUUGCGUAUUAUUUCGGCCAAUUACCUUGUACCCCGAGUUCAUUCACAUGUUGGUUGCGAACCCUCGAGUAUUGUUUGCUUGGUCUGUUCCAUUGGCUUCAUCGUUCAAUAAAAUAAAUAAUUCUGAUUAA